AUGGCAAAAGUAAAUCAAGCAGUUGAGGCAAUAAGGACCAAGACGGAAUACUUGAAGUGCAAGUUCAACAACGUUAACCAGGAAGCGGACAUGGAGGUGAAGCUUAAUACACAAGUUAUCCCCAAGAGAGGUAGUUUCAAGUACUUUGGAUCUAUAAUACAAGGUAACAGAGAGAUUGAUAAGGAUGUCACGCACCGUAUUGGAGCUGGAUGGAUGAAGUGGAGGCUCGCUUCCGGUGUCUUGUGUGAUAAAAAUGUGCCGCUGAGACUUAAAAGGUUGGAUAAGAUUAGGAAUAAAGUUAUUGGGGAUAAGGUGGGAGUGACUUCUGUGGAGGAAAUGAAGCGGGAGGCGAGGAUGACAUGA